CAUUUCAAAAGCAUUUUCUUGCCACAAUUCCAAAUAAUUAGCGAGCUGAUAAUAGAAGUUAUAGUACACUUAAUAUAAUAUAUGUUAAUUGUAUAUAGUGUGCGGAACGCGGCAUUAAGGCUCAUAAGCUGCCGUUAUGGCAAUAAGUUGAAAUGAAUUCGUGUAACAAAAUACUCGUACUUGCUGGCAAAUAAGUUCGUGUUCCGUGUUUCACAGUGACGAAUUACCGCAUAAUGCAAUAAUUACCAUCGGAGUAGCCAGUGAAGUUCAUUAAAAAUUACUGAAAAAAUCAAUACAAAAUUACAUAUAUUUCAACAUACAUACCUACUUGUGAGGCGCGUGCAAUCUUUACUACUUUGCUUGGUUGGUGUGUUGCCACAUCCUACCAUGGGUUUGAAACACAAGUUGUUACGUUGGUUAGGCCAUGUCGUUCGAAUGGAAGUUUGACCCCAGCACUUACAAUGACUUUAAUUGGAUUUGAUAACGCAUGAUGUUUUGAAAUGGCGCCAACAUGCGAAGCUAAGGAUCGACUUGACAUCGAUGAUUUCAGUGGAAAUAUAAUAUUAUUAUAUAAGAGUAUAUUUGUGGAGAGUGCUAAUUGUAUUAUAUUUUAAAUUAAUUAUCUUCUACUAAUAAUUUUUGCAUAUGUUUUUCCAAUGCAUGAAAGACAUAUCCAUGGGUUUGAGAACGCCAGUUUGGUUCAAUUUUGCCUAAGUGAGUGUUUUUACCGACUUUAUACCACAUUUAUCGGUCAAUACGUGAGGCAUUUUAUUGUAAAUAAGUGGAAAUGUUUUUGAAAACAUAAUGUGGCUAAGUUCUGAAACUUGUUGUAUACAUCGGAUAGAUAUACAUAUGUAUAUAUUCUGCUAAGUAAAUUUUUCUAAUAGUAUAAUUGAUGUCGUCUCCUUUCCUGAUUUUGUACGGCAUAAAUCGACAAGCAUCACCGUUCGUCAUGAACUUUGGUCAAGUGGUUUUUAGAGUAGCCAUCAUAAUUAUUACGUAUUUUAUAAUAUUUCUAAUACAACUGAUUGGCGCUCAGCCUAGCCCACUGAAACGAUUAUCCAUAUCAUUCAUCGGAAUAUCUGCUAGUCCACUGGUAGGAACAAAGCAAAUUUCAGUAGAAGCUUUUAACCAAAAUGCAAGCACAAAAGUCAAAGCACUAAAAAGCUUUCCUCAUUGUACGAAAACCCAGCAUUUAUCAAAUCCAUGGAAAAGCUCCGAACUGCAUCGGAAUUCUGGCAUAGUGGAAAAAGCUCCACAAGGGUUUUUGCAGCGCAAACGUCGCAGUGUAUUUCACAUUCGUUGGAACCCUAACGAGAAAUAUGUGGUGGAGAGUCGUGAGAAACCAGCAAUAAAUUCUUCAAAACUUUCGCCACACCCACGCCUUAAGCUGUCGAAAAAUACUAAACUUACGUUUAAUCCGAAAUUAUUUAUCUGCCACGAUAAACAUUUGGAGAAAUGCCACAAUAAAACUGCGAAUUACCGUCAACAUAUAAUUUACAUUUUUGAAAGAUCACUAAUAGACUUAACAAAUGAUUCCAAUUUCUACAACGUACACUACACGCCCGUAUUCGCAAAUAAUUUCGAAGAACAGUACUAUCCAUCAUCUUGCCUACUUAUGGACGCUGGGGUUAAAAUAUUACGUCGAAGAGAUCCUCCUUUUCACAACUUGGAAAUCGGAAAGCUAUUCCCUAAACAAAAACUAUUUCGCAAAAUAAAGGAUAUUAAAACAUGCGCAAUUGUAUCGAGUGCUGGAUCCCUUUCCGGUGCAAAAUUGGGAAGAUUUAUCGAUUCCCAUGACAUAGUGAUGCGGUUUAAUGAUGCCCCCACCAUUGGAUAUGAAAUAGACGUUGGUAGCAAAACUACAAUUCGAGUAUUAAAUUCUCAGGUUGUUACUAAGUCUCAAUUCAAUUUCACACACGCACCUAUAUUUCAAAAUGUUACAAUUGCUGCUUGGGAUCCGGGGAAGUAUAACUCCUCAUUAAGUGAAUGGAGUAGAACUGCAGACUAUGACUUAUUUACCAACUACAAGAUAUAUCGACACAGCUAUCCAAAUUCGAGAGCAUUUCUUAUUGACCCACAUUCGGUAUGGCGUCUUUGGCAAAGUUUACAAACUUUUGUUGGAAGUCGCCCCAUUCGUAGAAAUCCACCAAGCUCUGGUUUCAUAGGACUCGCAUUGUUAUUGCCCUAUUGUCCACAUAUAGAUUUUAUUGAAUAUAUACCUUCAACUCGUCUAAAUGGUCGAUGUCACUACUAUAGUAAAGAGAUGAAUUCGGCUUGUACUUUCGGGGCGUGGCAUCCAUUGGCUGCUGAAAAAUUGAUGGCUCUGGAUAUGAAUCUAGCUGAUGAUAUGUCCGUUUACCAACAUGGAAUUUUGCGCAUCCGGCGACCAGAUAAAUUACUUUGUGGAUUUAAUUUUUUGGGAUAUUAAAAACGGGCUAAUUCAACUAACAAUAAUACUGAGUAAAGUGUGUGUACUUUCAACAAGUGGAAUAUUUGACGAACGGAGAAACGGGUAUAGGACGGGAGCACAAUGGACAUAGCGUGGGUUUAUUUGGUUUUUCGGAGAAAGAAAAAAACAGAAGUCAACAGAAUAAUACGGACACGUUGCGUAGCAAACAUAAAUUCGUUUCAGUAUUGUUAAAAUAAUACUAGUACACUAAUUCAGAAAAAUUUAUUAUAACAAUCUAUAUUAUUAUAUUUAAAAUAAAUAAAAGUUAAAUAAA